AAACGUUCUUGUUAGAUAGACGGUGAUAUCAUGAUCAGAUUAUGCCGCAGAAACUAAUGAAUCCCAUGUUCGAGGAACAAAGAAGCGUUAGGCAGAUGAUUUAUCAACGAGGAAGGGAAGGUUCUCCUCAUUAUAUUUUCUUACAUUCGGAUGACGAAAGUAGUGGAGACGAUGAUAGCAUCUCGCUGCAAAAUAUCAAACGAUCCACGUCUGGUCGCAGAAUCGAGGUGAUUAAUGUGCAAGUAAGUCCUGAGGAUACCCUGCAGGCAUUGGCUCUACGAUACAGAUGUACGAUAUCCGAGUUGAAGAGAAUUAAUAAAAUCGACAAGGAAAAUGAAAUAUACGCUAAGCCUUAUAUUAAGGUUCCUGUACAACCUUUUUCUCUUUUAACUGAAGCAUUAUCUGAAAAACAAGGUUAUACUGUCAUCUCAUCUGCACAAUGUGGUCAAGCAUCUGCGGAAAGUGACGAACAAUUGAUUGACUUAAGCACUGCGUCUAAAAGUACAGAAACUCCAGCUAAAGAAAUUAAUACUAUUAUAUUGAACUCGGUAUGUGAACCUUUGUCCUCCUACAACAGUGCCAAUUUAUCCGAAGUUUCCCACACAGAGCACGAUUACUUGCUUAGUGAUACGGAAACCACUGAAAUAGUAGAGCCUUGUGAAACAGACAUAUUUCAGUGUUCCGGAGACAAUUGGGGUUUGUCUUGGAAGCAGCUCCUUCUAUUUUCAUUGUUAUUAAGUUUUGCCGGACCCAUUAUAUAUAUACUCUACAUUGCUGAAUAUGCGGUUAAAACAAAUGUAACUGUGAGUGAUUGAUUGUAUUUUAUGUAGAGACAAAAGUUUGUUAUAAGAUAAGAAGAUAUAUUUUCAUGUAGAUAUAUAUAUAUAUAUAAAUUUGAAAAUUACAUAUAUGUAUGUGUGUAUACAUUAAGAAUCAAGUGCUGUGAUUGUUGAAGAAAUAAUCAUUAAGAAAGUCAUAUAUCUACAUGUAUUAUUACAAAUUCCAAAGACAAAUUACAAAUGAUUGCAUAUUUAUAUCAAAAAUAUAUUUUCUUAUCUUAUUUUUUUAUAUUAUAAUGGAAUAAUUUUUAUGUACAAGAGACUUUAGGUCCGCAUCUUUUUAUACAUUGUGAGUGAGAGUUUUUAUUAUAGAAAAGUAUAAUUUAUAUAUUAGAAGUAUAUAAUAUAGUUAUAUAUUUAUGUGGAGCAUAA